AUGGGAGAAAGCUUAGAAGAGCUUUGCCGUUUAUGUGCGGCCUUUGAUCCAGUGAAAAUGCCGAUAUUCAGUUCGGAAGGAAAACAGAGGAAUUUGAUCGUCAAAAUACAGACUUGCCUGCGAUUCAAGGUUCGAAAACUCGGUAGUGGCUAG